AUGUAUUUAAUAUGCCGAAGGGAUUAUGAGUCUGGCAGCCGACUUGGGCCAUUGAGCAUCUUUGUUCAAGAGCGACUGAAGCUUUGGCAUGAUCUAGCCUUUGUGGUGGACAAUGGAUAUUGCUUCUCCUCUUUCACAGGUGCAUCGUCAUCUAAGUCGAUGACGGCCUGGUGGUUCCGUCACAUCCUCUACGAUGAUGUUUUGGGGUUUUCCGACGUCACUCCCAUCCAGAAUAAUUUCAUACUCUUGUUACCACCUCCACCAAUCCUCACUCUUGGCAACCGCAUGCUCAUAGAAAUCUUUCGUGACCUUGGCAAAGUCCUUCAUAUUCGUCACCGCUCUAACUCUUCCUUUAUGCACCCAAUUGCGAAUAGUAAGCUCAAUGAUACCCUUCACUUCUUGCGCUCCAGACAUAAGAAACUUCCCUCUUCAAAUCAUGAGCUGAAUGUCCUUAGGAAUAUUGAGGAAACGGAAAGGCUGGGAGCCGAAGUCGGCCAUUGCGUGAUAGAGCAGCAGUGUAGUAUGAGGAAGGAAGAAGUGCCGAUGAAAACGGUCCGUGUUGGAUCCUUUACUAGUUGCGGUGGAAAUUAUUCCAGCACUUUAGGGAAAGACUUUCCGUUACUUCAACUUGGGAGGGUCGUGAAAGAUGGCAAGUCCGCAUAUGAGGCUGCGCAGUUUGAAUGUGAGGCUAGUGGGUUUGCUUAUGAUCAUUCUGGAAGCUGUUCGAAGGAACAUCCUAGUAUGGUUGAAGACGGAUUUGUGUCAGUUGUCAACAUAGAGAACUUGAGGUUUGGUUACGGUUCCCAACCCGACUUGGAGCAGUUUAGCGUGGUGCCCUUCCAGUUCCAAGGUUUGCUUGUCGCCAGGAUCCACAUGUGGGCCGCUAGCAUGUAUGCGGCGAAGGCUAAAAACCGAAAACGUGGGAGAUUCCCAUGGGUGCCUUUAGCCAUGGUGGGACAACCGAGGCCGAUGGAGCCACAUGGAAACCGUUCCCACUACGAGCAUACGUUGACGGCUAUCGGCGUCAAACGUGAGUGA